GCCCGAGUGGGAACGUGGUUUGCAGCAACAUGUUUUCCGUGGCAAGUUUAGUUUGUGCUAAGAUGGGGCGGUGUCUCGUCAAUAACCGCUGCGCACUGUUUAGUUUGUGGUGUGUCCCUCUCCCUGUUUAGUCAAACUCUUGCGAUAGGAGAUGUAAUUUGGGCUGUAAACUCGGGUGGGGAGGCACACACCGAUGUUCACGGCAUCAAAUAUCAGAGUGACAAACUGAAAAACGGCAUCCCGUCUGAUUACGGUAAAACCUUAAUGAUCCAGAGGGUUGUCCCACCAGAUCAAAUCCUGUACCAGACGGAGAGGUACCACUACUCCACGUUUGGAUACGAGAUUCUUAAAGAGGACGGUGAUUAUGUAAUCGUGUUGAAAUUCUGUGAAGUUUGGUUCACGUCCCCAAAUCAAAAGGUAUUUGAUGUGGUCUUAAAUGGAGAACACACAGUUGUGGAUGAGCUGGACAUAUAUGGCAAAGUGGGCCGUGGUGUCGCCCACGAUGAAAUUGUUCCGUUUUCCGUUAAAAAUGGGAAAUUAAAAGUGAACGGAGAGACGUCGCAGCUCGACGGAAAGCUUAGUGUAGAAUUUAUAAAGGGUGACCUUGACAAUCCCAAGGUCAAUGCCUUAUAUGUAAUGAAGGGUACUAUUGAUGAUGUUCCAAAAUUACCUCCCUUGCCUGGUGCUGAUAAUCGCCGUGAUGACGAGGAAGAGGAAGAGGAGGAGCCAGUGGAACAGAAGCCGUCAAAACGUCGUCGUCCAUCAGGGCCAAAAGCGCAGGAUCCAUAUGCGUCUGACGACACCAGUACCAUGCUCCUGCCAGUCUUUGUGGCUGUUGGUGCAUUUAUUCCAUUGCUAUUCUGUCUAUGUAAAUUAUAGCUUUUUUAUUUAGUUUUUCUUUUUUUUUUUUUAAAGAACCCACAUGUGUGAACUUUUUCAAUUCUGUUUGCGUGUGAAUUUCAGGAGGAGAAAUGGCAGAGCUAUUGCUCAUUUGCUUCAUGUACCAUUUUUUUUCUUGCGUCAUUUUCUGUUGAAAAAGAUUGUUUGAAACUGCGAAUGUUUCAUCCUACAUUUU